CGGGAGUUGCAGGCACACGGAAUUAGAUCCGCAGGGUAUUUAUGACUGUAUUUCGCGCAAUAGGUUAGAGUACCUCUGUCUGGAUAACGGUCAUUAUGGAUAUCGACACUUCAAGAAAGCCUUACGGGUUUGAACUGUAUCAGAACGAUAAUGAUUUUAUGGGACAACAAAAUUCAGUGAAUUAUCCAUACAAUGAUCCCACACAUUUAGCACAGAAAAGGGACCCAUGGAACAGAUUAAAUGGCAAAUGCACCUUGGCAAGUGCUCGAAGGGAAGUUUAUCAUCAUGACCCUCAAGCACCUCGUGACAGUCUUGAUUUUGUGUUAAAAUCUCAAUAUGACCACCACAGUGAGUUCUGGAAGCCAAAAAAUGAAACGCUUACACAACCAGAGACCAAGGGGGUAGACAAUGGACGCAUGUUAAAAAAUAGAGUGAAAGAAAUUCCUGAAGCCAAACCUCCACUCAAUCAUCCUCUUCGAAUGACAGAGCAAGAGAAACGAGAAAGCAUUCACAGCAUAAAUAAUGCCAUUGAGAGCCACCACACACAGACCACUAACCGUGGCUAUGCCAGAAAGCACGAUGGCGGUUUUUAUGCCUCAUAAAUCCCACUGAUAACCUCAUUAACAAUCCUCUCUUUAACACUGCCUUAUUAGAAUGCCCAGAUCUCUUUAUUUUUUUGUGAUUUUUACAUACAUAACACCAUGCAAAAUAACUGAUGUUACGAGGUCUGAGUACAAGGCAUUACCUCACAUGUAAAUUUCCAAUUGUACUCAAUA